CCGUACCGCGCGGUUCCGUAAUAAAUGUCGUGAGAAUUUAAACAAAUUCCUUUUACGACGACAAUUAAACCAAUGCAAUAAGCGAGAUAAGAGAUAUUUGGUUGUUUAAACAAAUGCCCGCGCGGUUUGCAGUGUACGGGAAGCAGAUUUUGCGAUCUCUCACUCAUUACCGUUUAUUUCGGCGACUCAAAACACGCUCCGAGCACCAAAUCGAAAAUGUAAAUACGGGAACUGACGCGGUUUUAUCUACACGUCCUGCGAUACCGGCCGUUGUAAGUAUUUUUGAUUCGAAUAGAAGAUGGCGUACGACAGACGCGCCAAGGGAGAUAAGGAAAACCUCGUAAACGGCGACGACGUACCCACCAUCGUCGUGGACGGACCUUCCCAAGAGAACCUGCAGCACCUUCCUUACGUCGACGAUGAUUUGGAUGACGAAAGCACACCUAGAGUGGGGACGACUACUACCCGAAACAAUGGCGGUAAGAGACGAGACAGCUUGGACAGACGAAAUAGCAUUUCCCUGCCUAAUUUGGAUGAACUACAAAUGGUCAGAAGCGCACAGGCACAGGACGCCGAUGAAACAUCGAAUAUGGAUAACGGCUCGGACGACGACGAAUUCGUCCACAUUCGCGGGCACACGAGAAAUGCCCGAAGGAAAUCGGUGUUGAGCCCGAGGAUGUUAACCCCGCCCGGACAAGAUGAAUUUUCAGACAGCAAUUCGCCGGCAAACUCCGUCACGUCGGUGAACUCAUUGGCCAGUCUACUUAGGGAAAAAAUACAAAAUCUGCCGCAGACUAUACGAAAGAAAAAAUCGAAAGACUACAACAUCAAAAUUUUCGUGAUAUUCCUGUUCAUAACUAUAGUAGUUCUGAUAUGCAGCGCUUAUUUCCUUUACCAUCAGAAAAUCCUCGCCAAAGCGUACUUCGAAAAAAUCAAAUUCAACAAGGACAAGCGGAUUAUGAAAAUAUUCAACACCGACGGGGUGGAAAUAAUACACGCCAGGCUUGGCACCACAAUAAAUUUCGACAAAGUGCUGCCCUGUCUCGAAAUGGACCAAAGAAACGACGGUUCCAUAUGCAUGGAGUGGAUGUACAGGGCGAGACUCUACUUGCACCUGUAUAAGGUGCACGACAACAUAAAAUGCUAUAACCUGAAAUGGAUCGCGCUGAACGAGAAUUUGCCACCCACUGACUGUUUCGAAAUGGCACCUGGAGUUCACUGGUACGGGGGCGGUCAGACGGCGGAGUCGGCGUGGCCGCUGGAAAAGGGCGCUCACGAUUUCCAGCCCUUUAUUACCGGCCAAGUGGACCGACACGAGUGGGGCAACGUGCUCAAACGCUACUUCAUCAACUCCAAAGGGGCCGCGAUCGUAGUGGACGAAAAAACGCCCCUGUACACGGCGAUUGUGGAAGACGGCAAGAAAGAGUUCUGCAUAAGGGCGCAGUACGACGACUUCGCUUACGUCAACAGGCCGACGCCGACGGCCCAGCUGAACUAUAGCAUCUGCACGGGGGAAAAUAUGUCCGAUUUGCAUUCGCAAUUGAGCGAGCACACACUGUGGGACGGUCUGAAAAAAGAAGACGCCGACAUUAUCGAAAGUUUGUUAACCGAACCGCUCUGGGAAAUCACUUCAGACAACAAGGAGGAUUUGACCGAAGAGGCCGUUUCGAAUUUUACCAACGACGUGAUCGCGCUGGGCACCCUCAAACAAGGCCACGUGCUCAUCAACGAGUUUUGGCAGAACCAAGUGGGCGAUUUCGAGGUCGACCAGGACCGAUUCCCGACCCUGAACAAAACGAUCGACAUGCUCAGACGGCGAGGCUUCCGGGUAGUUUUCUCAAUACAGCCGUUCAUAUCGACCGAAAGCUUCAACUUUGCCGAAGCUGUCAGAAAGCGGUUGCUGAUCGCCGAGAGGUUCAGCGACAGGCGCAUACCGGCGUUGACGCGAUACAAAACCCUUGAAGCGGCGGGAGUAUUGGACGUGACCAACAACCGAACCGUACCUUGGUUGUUGGAAAAGUUGAAGACCGUGAUGGGGCGUUACAAGUUCAACGCCUAUUACCUCGAUCUGGGGAUAGCGUACAACAUGCCGCACUACUAUCAGUGCGAGCGACCGCUGGUGAACCCGGAUCAGUACAAGAGUUUGUUCGUGAACAGUAUACAAAGUCCAGUUAGUAUUUUCGGGGUGAGCAGCGCCAUCGAGAGGCCGAGGUCGCCCAGUUUCGUGGCACUGCCUCGGUUUGAGUCCUCGUGGGAUGGACUUCGACGUGUUAUACCCACCAUCCUGUCUUACGGUAUUAACGGGUAUCCCUUUUUAAUACCCGGAGCAGUGGGCGGCGAUUACAACUCCCCGGAAACGAAUCUGGCGCAAACGAAUGGCUCUGAAAAUCUAACGGACCAAGAGCUGUUCAUCAGGUGGCUCCAGCUGACAGCGUUUUUGCCAGUUGUUCGCUUCAAUAAAUUACCGAAUAGUUACGGGGACAAGAAAGUUUUGGACGCUGCUAUUAGUUUGGCCAUUUUGAGGCAGAACAAGGUGAAGCCGGUGCUAAAAAAAUUCGCCAGAGUUUCAUUAAAUUUGGGGCUGCCGAUCAUUAGGCCAUUGUGGAUGUUGGACGCCAAUGAUCCUGCCUGUCACGUGGUCAUGGACGAAUUCUCGAUAGGCGACGACAUCAUAGUCGCCCCAAUUUUAAAGCCGGGCGCAAGGCAGCGCGAGGUUUACUUGCCGGCUGGUGUAUGGAAAGAUGGAAUCGACCAAAGUCUAAGGAAAGGCAGCCGCUGGAUCCACGACUACGAGAUUGAGGAAAAUGAAAUCGCAUUUUUCGAAAAAAUGCCGGACGACACCAGAUUUUAAAUCGCUUCGGUCUAACGUUGAUGACCGCCGCACGAGUUAUGUUUCUCGAUCCCUAAAAAUUAAAUUUAAAAAUGAUUUUUGCAGCCUUUGGGAACGAGAUUUUGACUUUUAGGUUACCUGAAUAUUUGUUAAUUGUGAUCAAUUAAUUUUUUAAGUAACCCAUUAAACUACAUUAUUACGUUGAAAAGAAGAAUAAUCUUAUCAAAAAUAAGAUCCCCAAGUGAAUUGACAAGUUGGGUCCAUUUAAAAAUAAAAUGAUCAAUAGUUAGGCCAGUCGAUUCAAAAUAUUUGUGAAAUAGGUGUGAAUGGGUGUUGGAUAAAGAAUAGUAGGAUAGUUCAACAUUCCUCGAGCAUAUGUUCCUGAAUACAACUGUCGUUCUCUAAAUAUAUAAAUAGAACGAAUAUUAGAUGCAAAUUUGAAUGAAAAUCAUUUUUUAUUUUAGUAAAAAAAUUAAGCUAUUUAGAAAUCAAAAUAUAGAUGGUCAGUAAAAAACAGGAAAUAAAUUGUAAAAUAUUUGUACCUAUUAGUUACAAAUUUCUUAAAUCUUCAAUCAUUUUUGUGGUGGCGAGAGAGUGACUAAACCUUGAAUUUAUUUGAGAUAAUUGGUAUUAAUAAUACAUGAAAUUUAAACACGAAUUAUUUCAAUUAUAAGACAAAUUAAAAUAGAAAUUAUAACAUUUAUGCUGUGAAAAAUGUUUACAGCAGUAGCAACAUUCCCAAAUCGCGUUUCCAUUUAUGAUCUUCACAGUUGUCUUAAUAGGUAUUUCUCAAC